GCGGCCCGGCUGCCGGCGGCGGUGCUGUUGCUGGUGGCGGUGGGGGCGUUCCUGAUCUCCUACAACCUCGUGGCCUUGGUGCUCCGGAGUGGUGGUGGUGGUGGAGGCGGCGGCGGCGGCGCGGGGGAGGUGGCCGGGGAGGGGACGGGGAGGGACCCGGUGGUGGCGAUGCCGGAGUGGAUGCGGGUGGCGGGCUCGGCGGGCGGGGGGCAGCGGCGGCCGUUCCACGUGGCGCUCACGGCCACCGACGCGGCGUACAGCCGGUGGCAGUGCCGGGUGAUGUACUACUGGUACAGGCGGAUGCAGGCGCGGCCGGGGGGCGCCGAGAUGGGCGGGUUCACCCGCGUGCUGCACUCCGGGAAGCCCGAUGGCCUCAUGGACGAGAUCCCCACCUUCGUCGUCGACCCCCUCCCCGCCGGCAAGGACCAUGGCUAUGUUGUGCUGAAUCGGCCGUGGGCAUUUGUACAGUGGCUGCAGAAAGCAAAGAUUGAAGAAGAGUACAUAUUGAUGGCAGAACCAGAUCAUAUAUUUGUGAAACCUUUGCCAAACUUCGCUCGUGAUGAUCCUGCAGCAUUCCCCUUCUUUUACAUUACACCAUCAGAACAUGAGAAUAUUCUCAGGAAAUAUUAUCCUAAAGAAAGAGACCCUGUCACAAAUAUCGAUCCUAUUGGGAAUUCCCCUGUAAUCAUUAAGAAGACAUUGCUUGAGAAGAUCGCUCCUACAUGGAUGAAUGUAUCACUCCAAAUGAAAGAAGAUCAGGAAACAGAUAAAACUUUUGGAUGGGUAUUGGAAAUGUAUGCAUAUGCUGUUGCUAGUGCACUCCAUGGGGUUCAACAUAUCCUCCGUAAAGAUUUCAUGAUCCAGCCACCUUUUGAUACCAAACUUGAGAAUACAUUUAUCAUCCACUUCACUUACGGAUGUGACUAUACACUCAAGGGUGUACUAACCUAUGGAAAAAUUGGUGAAUGGAGAUUUGACAAAAGAUCAUAUCAAGAUAGGCCACCACCAAGAAAUCUUACAUUGCCUCCUCCAGGAGUACCAGAAAGUGUGGUUACACUUGUGAAGAUGGUCAACGAGGCAAGUGCAAACCUUCCAGGGUGGGAUGAUGGAAGAUAGAUAGGCCAUUGUGACGUCAAGUGUUUCUGAUUAGUGAUUACUCAUUCUUAUAGCUGCCCCAUCCAUCCUCUCUUUUUCAGGGGCAAAUACACCAUAAAUGAUAGAAAUUGAUAGUUUUUCCAUUAUACUGCAGAAAGAAAGAGAAGAUAGCAACCCAAAAGUUUUCGUUUGAAAUUGUAACCAACUGCUACUAAUAUAAACACCAAAAGUAUAGUUAUUCGAGAGAAAGGGUGCCUGCACCUCUGACAAAGUUAUCCGAGCAUAUGCUAUGCUGUUGUCGAAUUGUUUGUUCGAACUGUACC